GGCCAGUGUGGCCCAGUGAAUCCUCUAUUGAUGACAUCGCUUUCUUCAUACCAGCACCGUAUAUGUCGGGGAAUUUUUCCUGACCAUCCCUCUCAGGCCCCUCACUUGCGACAGGAAAUAUAACUCGCUGUCGUUGGUAUUCUUCAGGCAGGUUACCAGCCGCUAUUAGGUAUUCCUAUGCCAGACCCAUGUGUGAUACACUUCCUUGGACGUACAAUUGUCGCGGCAGCGUUCAACUCAGUAUUAUUCGGUAUUGUCACGGUGCAGACCGCAACAUACAUACGGCAGUUCAGAGAUGAUUCAUGGGUCUACCAAUUUCUGGUCGGAAUUAAUUUCCUCAUAAUUCUCCUUCAAGGCAUCGCACUGCCAGCUGCGAUAUUCCGCGUUAUUGAUAACGAAUUCUCUCUGAAUGAAAAGAUACCAUUUGGCUGCGUUGCAUUCAUACCAGUCUUAUUGCACUCGUAUUUCGUUCGUCUCAUCCAUCUCGUUGGACAAAAGCGCGUCCUGACCAUCUUCAUUCUCAUCCCCGUAAUGGCCGAAUUCGUUUUUGGCGUAAUAGUCAUCCAACAUGCAUUCCAAAUGCCGCCGACUACCCUUGGACGACAAGGAACUGGGAUGCGACCAUAUUGGGGUGCAUUCCUUUAUAUCAACGUAAUGCUAUUCUGUGACAUUUCGACCACGGUCACAUUGUGGGUUGUUUUAAUCCGUCGAAGAGUUGGCGCCCGAAGAGCAGAUGGACCUUUGGAAUCUCUGGCCUCUGGCGCUGCUUUUACUGGUAUUAUUACAUCUCUAACAUCCUGCGCCCCACUUGCUGGUUCCAUCAUCGCACGCUUAGACUUGGUCCAUUUGAUUGGGAUUUCGAUUGGUUCCAUAUAUGCUGUAGCCUUAAUGAUAAAUGUACACCUUCGUUCUCGACUCCGUACAGCCUCCAACACGGCCACGCUGUACCCUAGAAACCGAAAAUCAAUUUCCGUGAUUGUGACAAGGGAAGUAGCACAAGAAUUACAAUCUGAGGGGAAGCAUGAACGAACUUUGCGGACUCGAAUGACCCAGCUUGAUUUGGAGUACCCAGCGACUGAAUCACCCUUACAUCACCCGGACAACCCCGCUUUCGAAGCUUAACACUACAUUGCGUUACUGGACCAUCUGUACAUACUCUGUCGAUAGUCUGAAGUUCCACAAUGCUUAUUCUGCUUACCGAAGACCCGGCCAGAUUGAUCCAACAAAGGACCAUGCCCCG